AAUAACGGUGACAUUUGUCAGACCAAUGGCUUUUUCAUUGAAUGCGGGGCCCUGGACGGUGAGUUCCUUUCCAACACGUUGUACAUGGAGCGAUCGCUCAAUUGGACUGGCAUAUUGAUCGAAGCCGAUCAAAAAGCUUUCAGCCAGUUGGCCGGUCGCAAUCGAAAAGCUUAUUCUCUACCAGUCUGUCUCAGUACGAAACCUUAUCCUGUCGAGGUCGUUUUUAAUGCUUCCGAUUGGUCUGGAAGUUUCAUUGUAGACGACAAUCAAAAUCAACAGUUAUCCGUUAAUAAUGCCAAUACUAUUGGUGAAUCCAUCUACAAAGUCCAGUGCUUCCCACUCUACUCCAUCCUGGUGGCUGUUGGCCGAACGGAAAUUGAUUUCUUUGGUCUGGACGUCGAGGGCUCCGAAUACAAGAUCUUGCAAACCAUACCUUGGCACAAAGUCGACUUUAAGACGCUUUCGGUGGAAUGGAAUCACGUCCCCGAAGGCGAACCGGCCAUGACCCGUUUGAUGGAGAGCAACAAGUUUGUGAAAUUCGGCCACAUCGACAUGGCAUAUUCCCGAGAAGUGAUCUACGUCCAAGAUUUUCUUGAUGAUUUUAGGCAAUUUGAAUUCGAUUAAAUACAAAAGUCCUGUCGAGUC